UCAUUCAAAUCAAGUGUCAGUAUCGACAGUGAAUAAGUGUGGAUAACAAUGGAUAAUAAUAUGAGAAACAGCAAAAUGUUUCAAUUGUUCACUAUUAUUGUGUGCCUAUUGGUAGCGCAUACCAGAGCUUUGGACACCAGUUCCAGUGAUAUCAAGACUAGUGAGACAAAGUGGCACCCAGUGCUGCAUUGAAAACCAUMGGUUCUGUACUUCAAGAUCUUCAGACAGCUGCCAGCUAUGGUGGCGGAGGAGGAGGUGGUGGUGAAGGAGGUGGAGAAGGAGGCGAUGAGGGACACGAAAUGGGAAAAUCAAAUAAAGGUUUUAUGGGUGGUAUGAGUAAGGGAUCCAAAAAAUACGAUGGAAAUGAAUGGGACAAAAAGGGAGGCGAUUGGGGCAAAAAUGGUCACAAAAAGUAUGAUAUGGGAGAUAAAUGGGCUAAUAAAAAGUGGGAUAAAAAAUCAAUGGAUCAGUUCGGCGAUAAAUGGUCAGACAAUUCGGGUAARAAAGAGGCCGGCAAAUUUGAGGAAUGGGGMGAUAAUAAAAAAUGGAAAACCGAUAAGGGAAAGGGUUACGAAAAGUCAUACGAAUACGACAAAUCUGAUGGAAUGAAAACWUCAUACGGAAAGAAAGGCAAAAAUGAGCAAGGCAAAUAUGAUAGCAAACAUGGUGAGAAACACGGUUUCAAUAAAAAAGAUAUGGGAGGUAAAGAUGAUUUCGGCAAAAAAGUCAAUAAUGGAAAAUCUGGUCAGAAUGAAUGGGGCAAACAGUACAAGACUGGCGGCAAAAACAAUAAGGGAAUGGAUUUCUAUGAGGUAAAGAAGCCGAGUUCGUGGAAGAACAGCAAAUGGAAUAAACAGCAAAAGAAGUCACCGCCACCUCCUCCCCCACCGGCGCCAAAAAAGUCAUACGGAGGCGAAGCCGAUGGUGGAUAUGAGGGCGAAGCCGCCGGCGGUUAUCAGGCCGAGGGAGGCGCCGAUAUGGGUCAAGAAUAUGGUGGAGGAGAGACCUAUGAUAUGCCAAUACAUGACGCCGAUGGUGCCUAUGACUUGGGUGGUGGCGCCGAACUAGCCUACGAUGAAUUAGGUGGUCAUGUUUUGGGCAGCGGUAGACACGUAACCUUUGCCGACCUCAAGAGUCAGGGAUAUAUUGUUAUCGAUCAAACCAAAGGUUAAUUAAUUAAUUGAUGGAAAACGUUAGGCGAUGUCUGUCCACUAAAUUUUCAGAAAAUGUUGGAUUAAAACUGCCUGAGCUCUCUCUCU